AAAGAUUACUUCUCAUAAUUCACAGGUUUUUCGAGGAACAGCGAGGACAUAUUCAGCACGAAGCAGAGUGUGGUAACUACAGGUGUGCAGCAUGGAGAAACAGAUCCCAGGUGAGCCCCUCCCCUCCAGGGAACCCACCAUCAGGAGCAGUUUCGGAGGGGAGCAGUCCGCUGAUGGGAAGAACCUGGUGGAACAGGUGGAGGCCAUCUUACAGGAGAGGAUCCGCAACGGAGACCAACAUGCCAGGUUCACGCUGGGGCAGUUCUACUUUGAAGAGGGCUUGUACAAGGAAGCCAUUGUGCAGUUUGAGAGGCUGAAAGAGAAGGAUUGGCAGGCCAUGUACCAGCUGGGAGUCAUGUACUAUGAUGGGCUGGGAACAAAGGAGAACCAUAAACUUGCCUGUGAGUACAUGAGGAAAGUUGCUACAUCUGAGAGUCAACGUGCUAAACACCUUGUUAGAGCAGCCCAGUACAACUUGGGGAGGGCACAUUUUCAGGGUUACGGAGUGGCCCAGUCUGACGCGGAGGCGGAGAAGUGGUGGAUUCUCUCCGCGGAUGAUGGGAACCCGGAGGGGAGUGUGCGGGCCAUGACCAUGCUGGGCAUGUUCUACUCCAGAGAGGACACUAAAAACCUGAAGAAGGCAUUUUUCUGGCAUUCAGAAGCUUGUGGAGCAGGCAGUUUGGAAUCACAGGGUGCCUUGGGUGUUAUGUAUGAACACGGCCAGGGGAAGAGAAGGGACCCUACCUCAGCCUUCGAGUGUCUGAAGGAGGCGUCAGAGCGGGGCAGUGUGUACGCCAUGGGGAACCUGGUCGCACACUACUACAACAGGAAACUCUACACCAAGGCUGCAGACCUGGCAGCAAAGGUUUCUCAAUACCAACCAGAAGAUGUGCAGACGAUAGCAACCCACACUGACUGUAUCCCAGGGUUCAUUGCAAAAGGCAUCGCCAUGGCGUGCUUCUUCUAUGCCCGCUGUCUGCACAUGGGUCACGGCGUCCGACAAAACAAGGACGAAGCCAAAACAUACUACUCUAAGGCCUUCACCUUUGACCCUGACAUGACGGCCAUGCUUCAGAACCAGAUGACUCAUGGGAGGAUCUGAUGCAUUGUGGGAUACUACAGCUGUGAAAGGGGAUUUUUUAAAAUGUAUGCAAAAUUCCUGAUGUUUUUAUGAAAAGGAAAAAAAUGUCUGGCAAUCCAAAAAAUGCAAUGUUGAGAAAUAAUCAUUGUUAUAGAGUUUGGAGACAUUUUGCUACAAGUGACAUUUUAGACCAUGUAGUUAUUCCAUAUGUUAAUCUAAUUAUCAUAUGAAAAAUUUGAAAUGCUGUUGUCGUAAUGCAGAAAGAUUGGUUAUUUUCUAUUCAUUGUGUCAACAGAGAGUGAACACAUGCUGUUUUAGGUUCUUUAGGAAAGUAAUCAUUGCUGAUGUACUGCUCAUGUGGUUGGAGCAAACUGUAUAGUCAUGGAUGAAAGGUUUCUUGCUUUCUUUUGAGGCCUGUAAAUAUAAUGUAGCUUCUCUGAUAAUGCUGUACAUUACAAAGAUUGUGAUACUUUACUACUAUCGCUAUGAUGUAUGUACAUUUUGUUGCCUUCCUAUGUAUACAUUGAUACCGUUUUCACAUAUUUUUAUAAAACAAUUGAUUCAAG